AAGACCCUCACGACCCGUGCCGCCGUCCCCGCCGCCGCCCUCUCGUCUCACAGCCAGUGGCGCCCGCUUGCCCCGCUAUGGCCGCCGCCCCGCCGCCGCCGCGGCUGCUAAUGGCACACCGCGAGGGCGGAGACGCCCCCAUCUCCCUCUUCCUUGACACCAAUCUCGGCACCCAUCUCGCCCUGCUCGUCGCCCCGGACACAGCCAUCCGUGGCCUAAAGUCGCAGGUGGCCGAGGAGCACGCUGCCGCCUUCCCCGACCUCGGCCCCGUCACCGUCAAGUCCUUCCAGGUCCGCCGGAAGGGUGUACUGUAUCACCUCUCUGAUUCAAUGACAGUGAUGAGUGUCUUCACCAAAAUUAAAGGUGGGUGCUUUCUUCACGUCAAUAUGGCAGAGGCUACAGCAGCCGCACACUGCUGCCGAGAUGCUCCAGGAACUGAUAAUAGAAGAGUGAGUGAUGUUUGUCUUGGAAUUCAUGUAAAGAACCAUGUUGAGGAGCUGACUGUGAUGGCACCAGAUGUUGCUUGUGAUAUGCCCUCUAGAGGCCUUGAAGGUGGUAAUGAUGAUGCCACACUGAAUAAUGUUCAAGCACAUGAUGCAUUGCCAAAUUGUUCCUUGGUGCCAUCCUCAUCACAGCUAAAUACUGAAAUACUGAAGAACAAAGCAGUGGGUCUGGCCAUUGAUGCAGAAGCAGGAAUUGAUCAAGUUAUUGAUAAAGCAAAGAGUUACAGUGGCCAGAUAAAUCAUGCUAAUCAAACUGAUGGUGCUUAUAUUAGUUCCACAUCAAUGGCAUGUCUUGAUAAAUCUUCAAAUGAGAGUAAUAUGUCACAUGCUGUGGAGGACCUGCAUGCAAGUCGAGACCACGGCGUUGGUGAUGAUGUUUCUGACAAAAAGCAAGUCAGGGUAGAGGAGCAACUGCUGGAAGAGAUACAAGCAAAGGAUACUCUUCCACAAGCAAAGGAGAACAAAAAAUCUAGGACUGCUUCUUUUGACACAUCAUGUACUGUGGGAUCUUUAAACACUUCUAAUCAUCAAGAAGUCCAUGAUACCUUACAUGAGGGGUCCAUCCAGCUAGAAAAUCCAAGCACUGUUGGAAAGAAGAAGAAAAGAAAAAGGCGUCAAUUGUCCCCGUCAAAAUCUGCUGCUGCUCAAGAGACAACAGAACCAUCAGCUAUGGCAGUAGAUUUAAUAAGUGAAGUUCUGCCGCAUAACAUCCUAGGGAUACAGAUCCAUAAUAUACAUGCAAUGGAUAAUCUUUCACAAGAAAAGGAGCACAAAAAAUCUAGGACUAGUUCUACUGACACAUCAAGUAGGCAUCUACUGGAAACAGAUCCUACUUCUCUUAGGGAACCUUUAAACACUUCAAAUCAUCAAGAAGUCCAUGACACUUUACAUCAGGAGUCCAUCCAGCUAGAAAACCCAAGUGCUGCUGGAAAGAAGAAGAAAAAACAUCAAUUGGCCCCUUCAAAAUCUGCUUCUGCUCAAAUAACGACAGAACCGUCGUAUGGGGCAGCCCCAGCGGAUUUAUCAAAAUCCAGAGGUGACGAGGCAUAUAAUGUUGAAUUGACUGACAAAGAUGAAACUAUAGUCAAAGCAUCGGGUUUGCCUCUUUCAUCAUCAGAACUUAAUGAUGGAAACCAGGGGAGCAAAAGUGUUCAGUUUAUGAGCAAUGCUCAGGCAUCUACUGAUCUAAUCUCUGAACAAGACAAGUUUGAUCAUGCUCUCAAGGGAUGUAGGGAUCCUUCAAUUGCAGAUGCUAUUUAUUCUACAGGUGAAAGUGUAGCUAUUGAAGGAAAAACUACAAAAGCAAGCCACACUCCUUUGGAUGAAGGGGACAAGCAUGAAGAAAUAAAACAACACAAUGAGGGAUGUCACAAUGAAGGUGUACCUGAAACAAGCAACAUGGAGAAAGAUGGCAAAAGUACAGAUGCCUCUGACAAGAGGCAAACUGAUCAAAAUACUUCUCAAGUGAAGAAGCGCAAGAAAUCAAAGGUUGGUUCUGUUGACAUGCCUUCCGUGGAUGCUACUGGUGAGAAAGAUCAUGGGUAUAGUGAAAAUGCUGCCAAACAAGAUACAGUUUCUACUAAAAGGGAGAUUGUCCAUGAACCUUCUAUGCAACAGAUGUCAAACAUUGCAUAUCAAGGGGAUUCAAAUGUAAUAGAAAAUCCAAGUGGCGAUGGAAAGAAAAAGAAAAAAAGAAAACGCCACUCAGAAUCCUUGAAGGGUAUGAAUCCUAGUCAAGAUCUGACAAAAUCUUCUGGAUUUGUAACAAACGAAAGCUCGAUACAAUGCACAGAUGCUACUCCAAUAGAUGCAAAGCAAACAACCCUGGGCAUUAUAGAAGGAGAAACAGUUAGUAAGCACAAGAAGCUUAGUGAAAGUCUAGGUGUAGCGGCAACAAAUGUUAUUGAUGAGGUAUUGGCAGAUCUAAGAUCUAAAGACAGCUUAAGUAAGGAUCUGGAUGCAGAUCUUUUACCAGGACAAACUCACCUAGGCAGCAAUCAGAAUGGACUAGAAGUUCCUGAAUCCAUUGCUGUUAAAGUUGGUAGCGUUACUGCAGCAUUACCUCCAAAAUAUCCUGCAGCGGUUCACUCUGCUUCUCCUGUUAGCCCACCUAGACAAAAGAAGUCUAAGGGAAAAAAAUCGAAAGUGUUAGCAACCAUGACUGACUCUUCUCAUCAAUCAAGUGGUGUACCUGAAGAAGCUGCUAAUAGAGAAUUAAAAGAGUCUGAUUCUUUGAGGUUUGCUGAUAAAACAAGUGACCUUGAGGAUAUAGUAACUGGAAAUGUGGUUGCGCAAGCUGAUGACAAACACAAAGCCACUAAACGUCGAAGAAAGAAGGGUUCUGUAAAGCAGGUACUCGAUACAUUGGACUUGAAGGAAGCUAAUCGUACGGAAGAAAAUUUGGUUCAGGGAGGUUCUGUAGUUGGCACUCCUUUAAGCACUGUUGGGAAAGUAGAGCAGAAAGACAGGGCUUCUGAGACUUUGACUCCUAAAAUGCGAGAAACUAAUUGUUCUACUCAUGAGCUGGAUAGUCAUGCAGUAAAGGACAGCCAUGAUGAGUAUGUAACUGACAUCAUUGGGACCCAUGAUAUUGAGAAUGCUGCAGGAACUCCAACCUUGCAUGUAGUUCAGAAAGAUGUCAUGGCUCUCAACUCUGCCAACCCUAAUUCUCAAAAGGAAAGGAAAACAUCUUUGAACUCUGAACUUAAAAGUCGGGAUUGUGCCCUGGAACAUGGUUUCGGUGCAGAUUUGGUGAACUCCAGGACUGAAAAGGGAGUCAGCACUACAAGUUGUGCUAGUGCUGUUAAACCUGAUUACCACACUGUGUUUCAUCCUGCUAAUGAUGGAAUCAAUUUUCUUGAUCAUUUUAACUGCAGCAAUCUGAAUGACGAUCCAUCAAUAGCUGCAGAAAGUAAUCAAAACAAUGAAGAUGAAUCUUUAAGGGAAGUGAAGAAUAAAAAGAAGAAGAAACGAAAGCAACAUACUGGUAGCAUUGAACCAAAUGAUGUUCUAGAAUCUCUUCCCUCAGAGAAAGAUAUUGUGCCAUUUGUUGCAACAGAAAACAUGAACAUAGAAAAUGAGAAUGUGAAUAACGGCAAGGAUAAGAAGAAGAGAAAGGGCAAAGCUAAUAUGGAAGUACCUACUGCUGAAAGGGACAAUCCUAAUUGUGAUAGUCAAGGCAUUGAUAUUGGUACCCAAGAUUCACUUGUUUCUAUUGUACAAAAACAAAGGAUGGGUCAGGACAAUGGGAAAGAGAGCAACAGCAAAGUUACUCAGAAUGUCAGUAUAAUGCCACAUGAACCAGAAGAUGCCACUUGGAAUCAUACUCCUGAGAAGAAUCUCCACCAGAGUGUUGAUGAUCAGAGCAAGUUGCUCACUGAAAAGGAUCAUGCACAUAUAAGUAAAGAAGUGAGGAAAUUCACUUCUACAAAGCCCCAUGCUAAGAUUAGAAAGCCUGAUGGGUCUACUAUCGAGGGAAAGGUGGCUCCAAAUCCUAAGCCUGUAAGCAACCUUGUGAAAGAUUUUUCCAUGAGCCCACAAGCGUCAAGUGACAGCAUAGAGGGCACGCCACAAAGUGCUAACCGAUAUAGAGUUGCAGUCCGGAAAGUCCCAAAUAAAAGGUAUGAAGAGACCCGUGGAAACUCCAAAAAAGCGAGUAGGAAAGUAGGCUCUGGUGCAAUAUUCGAUGACCGUAUCAGUGAAGGUUCUGAUGAUGAAUUGGACACCAAGACUGUCAUGGAAGGAUCACCUGAUAGUUCAUCUACAUCUGCUGACUCAGGUAUUUCAUCUGCAGCCUAUGAAAGCGAGGUUCCUGAUGAUGGCACCGUAUCACUAUCUCAGAGGAGUCUCAAAGGUGGUCUGGAUAUUGGCUCCAUCCUCCGUGGUUCCCGUAGCUAUCAGAAGGCAAGAAAGAAGCAGGCGGAGCUGUUAGAUGAUGACACCAUUGUGCCUGAUAGCCAGCCCACGGAUGACCUUUGGCGCUGAACAUGGUUUCAGGCGAGCCCUACAACUACAAGAGUUGUAGCCGAACCUCCCAUAAGUUGAUGUUGCUGAUGGCAUUUUUGUCGGUUAUGGCCAAUACACCACACGUAGUUCCUUCUUUUGUCGGGCUUAAACUAUCUUUUGCCUGAGGACGAAUCGAUGAUGUUCAUGAUACAUUUUACCAGAACUACUAUAUUAUAUAUAUGUAAGAACGACGCGCAUUCUCAGAUUCUCACCCCUGAGUCUUGGUUCAUUUCGAUUUCCGGCAGUAAUGUUCACUGCAAGAAAUUU